AUGCCUCCGACAUCGCAAAAUGUCAAAAAGAGAAAAAGCUCCAAACAUGAUAGGACCGGAUGCCUCACUUGCCGCUACAGGCGCAAAAAGUGUACGGAGAACACAUUUCCCGCCUGUGGCGCGUGUAUUCGACUCAACCUGGAGUGCGUACGAGAAACCAGGCGUCAAGUUGUGCCUUCUACAAACACUUUUGUUGAUAGAACAGGAAGUGAGCUAGAUGUAACCUCUAUUUCUCAUGCUCAUAUGCUCGACACCUUUCACUAUGACUGGCUUCCGGGUACCCAGAACAUAGAAACAUCAUCAAGGAGACGGUACGCCAUGAAAUACUACAUCAAAGUUUUGGCAGAGCUCUUGACAGUGAGUCGCAAAUACAACUCAUUUCUCUCCGAAUUCCUCCCAAUGGCGAUGGAAUCUCCAGCCCUAGCAGGUGCCAUGGUCGCCUGGGCGUCUGGUCAUUUAUCCGGGAUGGAUGGCUGUUACAGGGUCACAGCACUUGAAGCUCGAUCCACUGCGCUAUGUGAAUUAGUGAAAGCUAUCUCCUCCGCACCGGAUAAUAUACCCAGCCAUGAGACAAAUGCUGCCACUUGUCUAGUCCUGCUGACCUCUGAAGUGUGCCUUGGAAACCAUACCGAAUGGUACAACCACCUCGUUGGAGCCAAAAAUAUCAUACUGGCUGCAAGGGUCCAAACUGGAACCGGUAAGGGGAUGAUAUCUGGACCUGAUGCUUUUAAAGGCAGCCCAGAAGGCAGAUGGGUUCUACGCAACUUUGCGUAUCACGAUAUUCUCGGUAGUGUCACCCUGGGAACGAAACCUCUGCUCCGUGGCACUUACCUUCAUGAUAUUACGGACGUUAUCGACACGUACCUUGGUGUUGCGUCAGAGAUUUUAAUGUUCAUAUCGGAGAUCAGUCAUCUUGAUCCCAUUAGUAUUAUCGGCGGUGAUAUCUUGCUCGAGAGGGGUACAAACCUGGAACCAUUCGAAAUCGAAUGGAGACUCAAAUCCUGGCGGUGCCAUUCUAGUAUAAACCCGGCCCUAACAGGCCUGGCAUAUGCAUAUCGCAGCGCGGCUCUAAUUUAUCUGUAUCGGCGGAUGCGGAGCUUCGUGAGACUAUACAUAUGUUCAACACUACAAGAUAUGCUGCUUGAUCUGGAUUCCAAAAUAAGAUCGGAAGUUUCAAAUACUCUGCGACAUCUAGCGAAAAUACCGUUACAUGAAAUAUCCGAAUCUGCCCUCUUAUUUCCUCUUUUCUUGGCAGGAGGUGAAGCGAUAGGCGAGACUGAAGUCGACGUGGUACGUUUCAGACUGCGGCUGAUGCUGGAAAAACGCAACUUUCAAAACAUCUCGCGAGCCUUAGGGGUGCUGGAGGAAGUCUGGAAUCGUCGUGCCGAGCAAAACAGUCAAUUCUCUGGUGUUGAACUAGACACUGCCGAAGUCGCUCCAGCCAGGUUUAUUUAUGACCGACAAGCCUGUUUUGCAGAAAACAUCACUACCAAAUCCAGCAAUAUCGAACUGUCAAACGCAUUGGACACUGAGGACCCUCCGCGAUGGCGAUUCAGCAAAAAUGGCACUUAUCCGGCUGAGAUCUGGAUUCCCGACUCGACAUCCAGGGACCGCAGGUCGGAUCUGGACGAGGUGAAGUCGGAGGGCUUGAUAAUUACAUACUACCCUUGCGUCGUGACUGACUCAAAAGAGCUAUCGUUCCGGGUCCGCCUCAAUCCCCCGCCAGACUCUAUACCCGGUUACGCUCUGACACCGGUCAAGAUCUUCUCAGCCUGCCCCAUGGCUUACGACUAUGGCCAGCAUAUUCCGCAAACAGUACAUAGACUUCCUGCACCAGUAAUUCAGCCCGUGGCCCUAUAA